AUGGAUCUGAUUGUGACUGCUCUGAUCUUCAUGUUUGGUUUUGUGAUAUUCUCUUUUACCAGCCGAGUUCAAAAAAAGCUGAAGGGAGAUAAACACCCGAAAUGUUUGCCUUCCUUUCCGUUAAUUGGGAGUCUGCUGAGCCUGAAGAGUGACCUUCCUCCCCAUCUGCUCUUCAAAAAUCUGCAGAAGACCUAUGGAGACCUCUUCUCUCUAAUGAUGGGUCCACGUUAUGUGGUGGUGAUCAAUCACUAUCAACACGCCAAGGAGGUCCUGGUAAAAAAGGGCAAGUACUUUGCAGGGAGGCCUAGCUUGGUGACAACAAACCUGCUCAGCAGAGACGGGAAAGGCAUUGCAUUUGCAAAUUUCAGCCCGACCUGGAGGUUUCACAGAAAGCUCGUUCAUACAAGUCUCUAUACAUCUGACAAUGGCCUAGAAACUCUCGAGGAAAGAAUUUGCAAAGAAGCCACCUUGAUCUGCACCAUGUGCGAACAGCUUGUUGGCUCACCGCUGAACAUAAUGACUGAGGUGACACGAUUUAUCGCAAAUGUAAUCAGCUUGCUGUGCUUCAACUCAACCUAUGAAAAGGAUGACCCAGAGUUCCUGAAGAUGCUGGAGUACAGCCAAGGAAUUGUGGAUACUGUGGGAAGAGACAGCUUAAUAGACAUCUUCCCAUGGCGACAGUAUUUUCCCAGUGAGGAUCUUCAAAUCCUGAAACGAUCCAUUGCAGUUCGAGACAGUAUCCUUGUGAAGAAAUUUGAGGAACACAAGGCAAACUUUAACAGUGACUCCAUAAAGGACUUGACCGAUGCUCUGCUGAAAGCUCAGGAGAACGCAAAGAACAACAACAGUCUGGUCCCUGGACCACAACUGACCGAUGACCAUUUGAUGAUGACAGUGGCAGACAUAUUUGGAGCUGGGGUGGAGACCACGGGUAUCGUCUUUGCUUGGACCUUUCUUUACCUGCUGCAGCAUCCUGAGAUACAAACUAAAAUACAUGAGGAAAUUGACAACAACAUCGGGUUUGAGAGAACUCCUAAAAUGAGUGAUAGAAGCAACCUGCCUUUUCUCAGUGCGACCAUCAGUGAAACCUUGAGGAUCCAGCCAGUGUCACCUCUCCUUAUCCCCCACCUGGCUUUGGUGGACACCUGCAUUGGUGACUACACAAUCCCCAAAGGCACUCAGGUGAUCAUCAACCUCUGGGCUAUUCACCAUGAUGAGAAGGAGUGGAAGGACCCAGGCACCUUUGAUCCAACUCGGUUUCUGGACGCAGAAGGGAAACACAUCCAAUCUCCUUCGCCGAGUUUCCUGCCUUUCGGUGCUGGUCCAAGGGUUUGUGUCGGAGAGGCCCUGACGAAGAUGCAACUCUUCCUCUUUAUUGCAGCAUUUCUUCAGCGUUUCACUAUAGAAAUCCCCCCUGGGCAUCAACUGACUGACCUGAGAGGAAAAUUUGGGAUUGUCCAGCAGCCAGGAAAGUUCAAACUCCAGCUCAAGUCCAGGAGGCCACAGAAAGGUUGUGGAUCACAACAGGUUGUUGACAGCAGCACGCCACACUGA